GUUGUGGCGGCUGUAGAGAGCUUGUGCAGGAGAGCUUGUGACACGAAUACACACUGGGCGGCAUCAACAAGCUUUCUUAACAGUGCCCAUAAGCAAGAGACUUUUGUUCAAGACUUGCAUUGAACAGAACGCGUCAUGAUGCUUUCGAUGGUCCUCCACAGCAUCAUCGUCGUGUCUUUUCUCACGUGUCCCCGCAUCUCAGUCCCCCUUGCAACCUCCACGCCAGAGAAACCCACGCCACGAUGCGAUACGGCUGCCCAGCCUAGACCUUGGCUCGGGUUGAACCUGGUACUUCUCCGAAGUGCUCCGCUCGCCAAUAGCUUGGCGCCUUUAACACCGGUCAAAAAGGCCAUAAUUCUGGCUCCCGCACACUUUAACAGGUCUCACUUAUCUUGCCUUCUGACUUCCCACGGACCGUUCAAGCGUCCCAGCCGCCUGCCGUGUGAUCCUGUUACUGUCUCGUAUCGCUACUUAACCUCAGUAUUCCCAAUACUUCUCUUGGACUGAUGCUCGAGCUGUCGUGUGCUUGCCCUCUUCCACUUAGCUCUCAACUGUGCUUCCUCCACCGCAAUCUGCCAUCAUGACGGGCGCCCUUGCAACCCCUCGGUAUAGCAACGACGACUUCGAGACAGCCUCUAUCCGUUCUGCUGCUCCUUCUUAUGACUGGAGCUCGAUGCUAGAGAUCCACUACCUGGCACGAGACCUGCCUUACUGACCUGUUCGUUGCCUCAGUCUCGGAAGC